AUGUACUUCGAUGGUGCCCUCAACCUCGACGGCACCGGUGCAGGCAUCCUCCUCAUCUCCCCGAGAGGUGAGCAGCUAAAGUACGUCCUGCAGCUACUCUUCAAGGCCACCAACAAUGCGGCCGAGUAUGAGGCCCUCAUCCAUGGCCUCCGGAUUGUGGCAUCCCUCGGCAUCAAGAGGCUCCUCACCUACGGCGACUCCAAAGUCGUCAUCCAGCAAGUAAACAAGGACUGGGACUGUACCCAUGAGAAGAUGGACACCUACUGCAAGGAGAUACGCAAGCUCGAGGCCCACUUCUAUGGCUUGGAAUUCCAUCACGUUCUCCGGGACUACAACGUGGCAGUCGACGUACUCUCCAAGCUGGGUUCAAAGUGGGCACUUGUCUCGGCCGGAGUCUUCAUGCAGGCUCUCAACUCCCCCACCGUGAAGAUCGAGGAGGAGCCUCCAACCAAGCCUGACCUAGUGCCAGCCCUAGGCCAGGAAGUACUAGUCACAGAUCCAGAUUGGCGAGCUCCAAUACUCGACUUCAUCAUCAACAACAAGUCCUACCCAAAAGACAAGGAGCACGAGCAACUCGCCCGCAGAGCCGCAAACUACAUCAUCAUUGGAACUAAGUUUUUCAGGCACUCGGCGUCCUCAGGAACCCUUUCCAAAGUGUAUCUCUCAGCAAGAUGGAGUCUGACUCCUCGGCGAGAUCCACUCGGGAAUCUGCGGAAACCACGCAGGAGCGUCAACUCUGGUUGGCAAAUCCUUCAGAUCGGGCUUCUACUUGCUGACGCCCAGGUCAUCGUCAGACGAUGCCCAGGGUGCCAGUUCUUCUCAAAGCAGCAACAUGUCCCGGCUCAGGCCCUGCGGACAAUCCCUCAAUCCUGGCCAUUCUCCUAUUGGGGACUCGACUCGGUGGGACCGCUCAAGUUCACCAAGUGGAUUGAGGUGAAGCCGGUCUCAUCCACAUCAGCAGCCAAGGCAGUCAAGUUCAUCGAAGAAAUAAUGCACCGGUUCGGAGUGCCUCGGAUCAUCACAGACUUAGGCUCCUCCUUCACCGAAUCAGAAUUCUGGGACUUCUACCAGGAGAGCUGCAUCGACGUGUACUAUGUCUCCGUGGCUCACCCCAGGUGCAACAGCCAAGUGGAGCGCACCAACGGCUUGAUCCUUCAAGGGCUCAAAGCCAAGAUUUUUGACCCGAUCGAAAAAUACGGCUCCCUGUGGAUCCAAGAACUACCCAGAGUAGUAUGGGGGCGGCACACGCAGAGAAGUCGGGCCUCCGGCUACUCCCCCUUCUUCAUGGUAUACGGUUCUGAGGCUAUGCUCCCGAUGGAUAUCGCCUUUUGUGCUCCGCACACCCAGAACUACGAUGAAGGUGAAGCCGAAACAACUCGGCGAACAGACCUCGACUCGGCCAAGGAGCACCGUCUAACGGCAGCCCUCCAGCACGCCCGAUACGAGCAGCAGCUACAUCGUUAUCAUGACAAAAACGUCCAGCAGCGCGACUUCAACAUCGGCUACCUGGUACUUCGGCGGGUCCAGUCCCCCAGAGGCAAGCUAACUUCCCCAUGGGAAGGCCCCUUCAUCAUGAGCAGCGUAAUUGUCCCAGGAACCUACAGGCUGCACCGAGAAGAUGGAACGAACAUGGGCAACCCAUGGAACAUCGAGCACCUUCGUCGCUUCUAUCCGUAG